UGGUGGUGGUCAUACCAAAGAAAUUCUAAACACGGUUCCCGAAGUCACAGUUCUGGCUCUGGACCGAGAUCCUUCAGCUAUUUCUCUGGCCCAACAGCUUGCCAAACAACACCCAUAUUCUUGCCUUACAUAUGGCAGAUCACCUGGCUCAGGCGUGUCAAGCCAAUCAGAACCUGCCAGAGCAGUGGAGUCCGACCCUCAUUGUCCACCUCUGACCUAACUCUAAAUGGAAGUUCUUUCACUGUUCCAGUUUUAAUUGUAUCUCUCAGAAUGGACAUUGUUUCAUUUCAUUUUUUGUUGGCCAGUUGAUUUUACAGGGGGUUAAGUAAGAUUUGCAACUGUUUUUUAAUGUUUUCCAUUUCUGAAUAAAUAAAUAACCAACAAUUAGUUGGUAAAUGUGAUUGUUUAACAUGAAUACCCUUUCCAGGUUAGUUUGCAGAUACUGUGCCUUGUCUAAAGCUUCAUCAGCAAAAUCAGAUUUUUUUGUGUGUGUCACCCUGCAGUGCUGUGUGAACUGCACCAUUUUAGAACAUUUCUAUCCAUAUCUUAUAAAAUGGACUGCAUUUGUGUUUUAAUUCUUCUCUUGCAUGCCUUUGAGCCUGCCAGAGAAGUAGUCCCAUUAGAACCCCUUUUUGUUUCUUGAUUUGAGUAGCGUUCAGACUCUCACAAUUAGGGGUGUGGUUAGUGGGUUGAUUGAUGGGUUCAAACUUAAUUAUUUUACGCUUAUAAUUGCAGAUUUGGGAACGUUGUCAAGGUGGGCGGAGUAAACCCUGAUCAAAAUGCCAUCACAGUUUAAAUUUCAUUUCACUUGAGUUUAAUGGCUUAAGUCAAACGUGUGUGUAUGUUUGUGUGUGUCUACGGGUAAAUCAAAGUGACACAGUAAUAAAGUGAUUAUUUGAAGUAUUUUCCUGCUAAUUUCCUGUUUGCUUUAUUUGAAGACAUUGUAUUCUCAUUUUUCUUGGUCCUCUAUUUUUGUUGAUGAAAUAUAAAAUAAUUUUUAUUAAUUGACAAUAUUACACAUAACUUUUUGUAAUUGUUAUUGUUUUUGAAUAGGACGCAUAUUAAAAUUACAGAUAAUUGGGUUCAGCUUAAACAGACUUCUGUUUAAGUUGAUCUUGAAUAUCAUAAUUUUUUUUCUCUUUUAGAUUUAUUUUGUCUUUUGGUUGAAAAAAAACACAGUGAUGCAUUCUGCUCUUGCUCUGAGAAUAGUCUGUUUAAGGUGGUCUUUAAAUAGAUUUUUCUUUUAACUGAUCAGAUAAAAAAACUGGAGAUGGAGUGCUGUGCUUAGAACCUUGUUUGUGCAUUUUUCUUGUGAAGUUCACAUCUUCCAAGUGACGAUGUCUGAGGAGAAGAUGAAUCAAAGACCACAAGCCUUUAUCAUUACUGUUGAAAGGAUAGCAGUAUCUUUUUUCACUUCACUUUAAUUUUAGCAUUGAUUUUCUUUUUGUAGAAGAGAAAUUUUGUACCAUUAUUAUUUCAUGCUCUAUCAAGACACAUUUUCCUCUUAGACAACAGAAUGUACAUUUAUUUUAAUUUAAUUUAAAGUUGUAAUUGUAUAAAAUUUGAGCACAACAAAGCAUAAAGUCGAUCCCAAAGUUUUUCUCAGGAGUUUCAGAGAGAAUGUUAUGUUUGAUUUAUUACUAUACAAAUUCACCUUAGUUACAUUCUAUAAUUUAUAAAUAUAGAAAGUCACUUAAUUAAUUUCAAUCAGAUUUAUUCUUUUUUUUGUAUCACUGUACAUAAAACUGGCACAUUUCGUUUAGAAAUUAACUUAUUUUUCUCUUCGGAUGUGUUUUAGCGACAUAAAAACUUUCAGCCUGUGACAGAGUGAAGACAGUCACUGCUGGUUAAAAGGUUUUAAUGCAGUAAAUGCCGUAAAUACAUCUAAUGAUAGUGUUAAAAAAAAAUUUCUUUUAGAAAAUACGUUUUAUUUCCUGCCCAAAAGGAAACUAGAGCCCUAAUCCUAACCAAAAGACUAAGCAAAAAAGUUUAAGUUAAAAAAUAGAUGUCUUGAUAAAAUUUUAGUAAUCAUUCCUUUUUGUUUUACAAGCAAUUAAAACUACAAUUUUUCAAAUGUCUUUUUUUUUUUUACCAUGAACCCACUUGAUCUGAUGUUUGCAUGAGGAAAACUGAAACUGUGUACAAGUUCUCAAAUAAAGCAAAACUUGCUGUUUUUUGGACUUUUGUCUCAUUUUGAGAUGCAAAAUGGUCACAAUAGUUUUUUAACACACAAUUUAGGGAUUUUUUUUUUCCUCAAUUGGGAGACCCAGUCAAUGUGGUCAACGAAAAAACAGUUUUUUCUAUUUAAUAAUGUUUUUUUAUUUUUUUAAACGCACCUUAUUUUUUACUCUUAAGCUUUUUACCAUUAGACUGGGCUUUUGUUAACAUCUGCUGUAUUCUACAAUAUCUUUUCACUGUGACAAAUAAAAAGAUAUUCACUCUUGAUGUCGACUGAUUACAAAUACAGAGUUUAGGAAAAGAAACAUAAAAUAUGAUUGGCUUUCCAGUUAUUUAAACACUUACAUAAAUGCAUAUUUUGACAAAUGGCCUCUGCAUCCAUUUAUAUAAUAAAGUUCACAUCGAGGAGCCUCUGAGGGCCAGUAAGGAGAGGCAUGUGUUGUUUUUUUUGCUGGGAGUUGUGCAUGCUUUUUGUGGUCUCACUUCUUCAUGGUAGGAAAACACUAAAAUUAACAAGUCUUUUUGUCCAGAUGGAUGAUCGUGUGUUGAAAGGAGUGACUCACUCAGUGUGCACAGAGUUGCUCGCAUAGAUGGGUGAGACAUCAGAUUCAUCAAGCUAUUUGAAACACAUUUAAAGAAAAAGUUAAAUCCCAACUGUUAAAGUGUCUCACAGAUAAAGUGUAUAAUUUAAAGUAUGCCUAUGUCUUGGUGCAGCUAUAGAAAAAGCUUGCUGCUCUGAACUUCUUAGCUGAAGUUUUGUUUAAUAAGUUGAUUUAACUUGAAACUCUCCAAAUGAUGAAGUUUUAGUUUUAUUUGCAUGGCGGAGGGGGCUACUUCUUUUAAAAAGUUUGGGAGUCAGGCAGUCAUCCUCCACACUUGUUUGCAGUGCUCUAGGGCACCUUGGAAGAGUACUCCCUUGGGCUCUACCUUUGUUAUUUUUGGCCUGCCAGGUGAGCACAACACAAGAGUUGACUCUCUGAACUGGGUAUGCGUCCCCAGCUGGCCGGGGAGCAGCUUGGGAUAUCCCUGCUGGAGUUGGAGACAGGAAAACCUGUCUGGGCUUCUCUGGUCCUUCUGUUUCUGCUAGGCCGUGUGAAACCAUUGCUCUGCCGAUUCAGCGAGCUUGAAGCUUUGUUGAAUCGCUUGAAUGUGAAGCCAGGGAGCAUUGAUGCCGUCUUGUUGGAUGCUGGCUGUUCUUCCAUGCAGAUGGAUCAGGCAGAGAGAGGUUUCUCCCUCAGCAAAGAUGGGCCCUUGGACAUGAGAAUGGAUGCAGAGAGGUACCCUGACAUGCCCUGUGCUGCUGACGUGGUGAAUACCUUAGAUCAACAGGCUCUUGCAUCCAUCCUCAUGGCCUAUGGAGAAGAAAGACACGCCAGGAAAAUAGCCUCAGCCAUCGUAGAGGCACGCCGGGUCAGCCCCAUCACUCGGACGCAGCAGCUGGCCAGUGUUGUUGCAGGAGCAUUUCCUGCUGCAGUCAUCUAUGCGCGCAAAGACAGACUUCAGCGACCUGCUCAUGUAGCCACUAAAACCUUUCAGGCUCUGCGCAUCUUUGUAAACGAUGAGUUGAAUGAACUGCUUGCAGGCCUGCGUGCUGCCCAGGCAAUGCUGAAACCUGGAGGACGCCUCUGCGUGAUCACGUUUCAUUCACUGGAGGACAGACUGGUCAAACGUUUUCUGCAGGGGGAGGACUUGUCAAAUCUGGAUCACUUUAGCCAACGGAAGCACAGCAGGAGUAAAGAAAAGCUGGAGAGCAGGAACUCAGAAGGCGGCAGCAGUGUCUGCUGGAUUCCUCUGCGGAAAAAAGUGAUCGUCCCAGAAAAGGACGACAUUAGAGACAAUCCUCGCGGUCGCUCUGCCAAACUCAGGGCAGCACUGCGAAAUUAACUUUGCAGUGUUGACUGUGACAGAUUAAUAAUUUUGUUUUUUAUGGUACUUUUUUCACCCUAGCUGCACAACUACAAUUUCACAGAAAUCCACUUCUGCAGAGACAGAAUUUGUCAAUUCUAAGAAACCAGUUUUGAUGGUAAGUACAGAUGUUAUUGAUUCCUGCUGCGUCGUUGCAGAGCUUCACAAUGAUGCUGAGUAUCAAGCAAAUGAUGUUGCCAUGCAACAUCUAGUAAAACAAAUGUAUCAGAAUCCACAAUGUGCAAGGAGUUCAAA